GUAUGAACACCUGGUGAACCUACUGACCAAGAUCCUGAACCAGCGACCCGAGGACCCCUUGUCCAUCCUGGAGUUUCUGAACCGCACCACGCAGAGCGAGUGGUUCCACCCCAAGGUGGACACGCUGCAGGACGACCCCGAGAUGCAGCCCACCUUCGAGAUGGCCGAGAAGCAGAAGUCGCUGUUCUCGCGCGGCGGUGGCGGCGGGGAGGGCGAGCAGGAGAUGGAGGAGGAGGUGACGGAGACGGUGGUGCCCAACAUCAUGGAGGCGGCCUUCUACUUCCAGCAGGGGGGCGUGGGCCUGAGCGCCGACGAGAGCUUCCGCAUCUUCCUGGCCAUGAAGCAGCUGGCCGAGCAGCAGCCCGUGCACACGUGCCGCUUCUGGGGCAAGGUGCUGGGGCUGAGCCGCAGCUACGUGGUGGCCGAGGUGGAGUUCCGGGAGGGCGAGGAGGAGGGCGAGGAGGAGGAGGGCGAGGAGCUGCUGGAGGGCGGCGACGUGCUGGAGCCGCACGGCGAGGAGGAGGCGGAGGAGGACGAGGAGAAGGCGGCCGACGCGCUGCCGCAGCCCACCUGGCGGCCGCCGCCCGCCACGCCGCGCGAGGAGAGCCGCACGGGCGCCAACAAGUACCUGUACUUCGUGUGCAGCGAGCCGGGCCGCCCGUGGGCGCGCCUGCCGCACGUGACGCCCGCGCAGAUCGUGCAGGCGCGCAAGAUCAGGAAGUUCUUCACGGGCCACCUGGACGCGCCCGUGCUCAGCUACCCGCCCUUCCCGGGCAACGAGGCCAACUACCUGCGCGCGCAGAUCGCGCGCAUCUCGGCCGCCACGCACAUCAGCCCGCUCGGCUUCUACCAGUUCGGCGAGGAGGAGGGCGACGAGGAGGAGGAGGGCGGCGCCGGGCGCGACUCGUUCGAGGAGAACCCGGACUUCGAGGGCAUCCCCGUGCUGGAGCUGGUGGACUCCAUGGCCAACUGGGUCCACCACGCGCAGCACAUCCUGCCGCAGGGCCGCUGCACGUGGGUGAACCCUCUGCAGAAGACGGAGGAAGAGGAGGAGCUGGGUGAGGAGGAAGAGAAGGCCGACGAGGGGGUGGAGGAGGUGGAGCAGGAGGUGGGACCCCCGCUGCUGACGCCACUCUCGGAAGAUGCAGAGAUCAUGCACAUGUCCCCCUGGACCACCCGCCUGUCCUGCAGCCUCUGCCCACAGUACUCCGUGGCCAUCGUGCGCUCCAACCUCUGGCCGGGCGCCUACACCUACGCCAUCGGCAAGAAGUUCGAGAACAUCUACAUCGGCUGGGGCCACAAGUACAGCCCGGACAACUUCAACCCGGCCCUGCCGGCCCCCGCCCAGCAGGAGUACCCCAGCGGCCCCGACAUCGCCGAGAUGAGCGACCCCACGGUGGAGGAGGAGCAGGCCCUCAAGGCGGCCCAGGAGCAAGCCCUGGCUGCCACGGAGGAGGAGGAGGAGGACGAGGAGGAAGACGAAGACGAGGAGACGGACGACUGAGGCCCGGGAGCCGGCAGGGUGCCCCUGUGCUGUGUGCGUUGCCGGCUGCGGCCGGCGUCCUCACUGUUGGGUCGCCUCCUGUCCCUGGAGGGCAGGGGUAGUAGCGCGGAGGAAGGAAGCCGCUCCCAAUAAAAGGUCCCCCGUAGCUUUA